AUGCUACUUGUUGAAGUAGCAAAGAGAAGGUUGCAAGUUUUAAGGGAUGAUGAAUGGGACUCUCUUAUUGCUAAGGUAUCUACAUUUUGUAUCAAACAUGAUGUUUUGAUACCUAACUUUGAGGAGCCAUAUCUUAGCUCUUUAAGAUCACGACGAAAUCUUGCUAACUAUACAAUCUUACAUCAUUAUCGUGUUGAAGUUUUUUGCAAUAUUAUUGAUUGGCAACUUCAAGAACUUAAUGGUCGUUUUGAUGAGGUGACUACCGAUUUGCUCCAUGGAAUUGCUUGCUUAAAUCCAAUUAACUCAUUUUCAAGUUUUGACAUUAAAAAAGUAAUGAGAAUGGCAAAAUUAUAUCCGGAUGACUUUGAUGAAUCUAAUAUGAGUGCUCUUGAGAAUCAACUUGCAAGUAAUGUUGUAGAUGUUCGUGAUGUUGAUGAAAGGUUCUCCGAUCUAAAUGGGCUUUGUGAUCUUUCCAAAAUAUUAAUUCAGACAAAGAAACAUUCUACUUAUCCUUUGGUAUUCCGCUUAGUGAAACUUGCUCUACUUCUACCAAUUGCCACUGCCUCCGUUGAAAGAGCUUUUUCGGCAAUGAAGUAUAUCAAGAAUGACUUGCGGAGCAAAAUGAGUGAUGAUUUUUUUAGUGGUUGUUUGGUGCCUUAUUUAGAAAAAGAUGUAUUUGAUAGUAUUUCUAAUGAUGCUAUUAUUAAGACAUUUCAAGAUAUGAAACCUCGUAGAGUACAAUUGUAG